GGUCUGCACCAUUUCCUCCACCGCAGCCCCGAUUCUCGCCUGGUGAGCCUCCGCCAUGGUCGCGUCGUCAGGCCGAGGGAUUCAGAAAGGGCUCCGACCGACGAGGGUGUUCGCAGUUUGAAACUUUUCAGCCUUACAGUGUGAGAACUAAGGUCACCGCCAUUCAAGCAUGCUUCAAGAGGAGAGACGUCUCGUCAUUUCCGGAUUACUUCCUCACCGGUGUUGGCAAAGUUGAAGGCGUUCGAGUCUGAAGAGUUCCAAAGUCCACCAUGAGUAUCAAAGUCUUGAGAGUUCUCCUGCUCCUGGGACUGAGUCACACCGGGACAAGAAGUCUGGCAUCGGAGCUGCGAGAACAGCCCAAAAAGAUAGCUGUGAUAGGUGCAGGCAUCGGCGGCUCAGCUGCAGCUUUUUACCUCAGAGAGGAGUUUGGACCUGCGGUGAAUAUAGACGUGUUUGAACCAGGCGCAGUCGGAGGACGACUGGCCACAGUGAAGAUCGGGGAUCAUGAAUAUGAGACUGGGGGGUCUGUGAUUCACCCCCUGAACCUUCACAUGAAGCACUUUGUCGACAAAAUAGGAAUUCCCACACGCCGAGAAGUGGCACAGAAAAUGGCUGUUUUUGAUGGGAAGCAGCUCACGUUUGAAGAAAGUGACUGGUUUAUCAUCAAUUUCCUGAGGAGGCUGUGGCGAUACGGCUUCACCUUUCUUCGGAUGCAGAUGUGGGUGGAGAGCGUCUUGGACAAAUUUAUGAGGAUCUACCAAUACCAGCAGUACGGCUACUCCUUCUCCACCGUGGAGCGUCUGGUCCAUGCCAUGGGUGGCGACAGCUUCCUCACUCUGAUGAACCAGACUCUGGAGGAGACCAUGAUCGCUGAGGGUUUCUCGCAAGUCUUCUUAAACGAUGUGGUGGUUCCCAUCUGUCGCCUCAACUACGGCCAAAGUGUGCGCAUCCACGGCUUAGUGGGUGCGGUUUCACUGGCCGGGGAAGAGUCUGGGAUGUGGGCUGUGGACGGAGGCAACAAGAAGGUCUGCUCGGGGCUUCUCUACCACAGCAAGAGUGACCUCAUCACUGCCACAGUGACGUCUGUCUCUGUCAAAGUUCGUCCCUCAAAGACGGGCACCACAACAAGCUUCUACGAGGUCAGCUACGUCGGGGAACUGGGUUCCGCUCAUUCCCUGUACGACAUCGUCGUCAUAGCGACGCCGCUACACCAAGGCAAGUCUGACAUCACCUUCCCAGGGGUCUCUCCUUCAAUCCCCUCCCACUACCCCGGACGGUACCAUCCCACCGUGUCCACUCUGGUCCACGGUGUACUGAACACAUCCUUUCUUGGUGUGACGGCGCCACCUUCGGACUUCACCGUUUCUCAAGUUCUGACCACCGAUUCCAAGGAGGACGUCUUGCACAGUCUGGUCUCUCUGGAUCCCGUGCAUGUUCCUUCUGACUACAAUCGGCCUCCUGCCAGCCAUAACAAGGUCUGGAAGGUCCUCUCUCAGAAGCCGCUGACUCAGGAACGGUUGCGACAGCUGUUCCUCUCCUGGGAUUCAGUGUCGGAGACAAAGUGGCUGGCCUACCCAGCUUAUCGGCCGCCACACCGGAGAACUCCUCCCUUCAUUCUGCACCAUCGACUGUACUACCUCAACGCGGUGGAGUGGGCAGCCAGCACCAUGGAGAUGAGCGCCAUCGCGGCCCGGAACGUUGCCCUGCUGGCACAUCACAGGUGGCACCAGCAAGUCGGCAAGAUAGACCAGGAAGACCUCCACACCCGCCUCAGGGGGGAGCUCUAGGAGAGACAUUCACUCCAGCCUUCUGUGCUCCAACUUGGAGGAGGAUUCUGUGGAAACUCCUGUCAAGGUCAGGGCUGAAGCGUGGGAGAGCGCUGAGCUGAAGUCACUGUGGGAGUAGGUUCGGAAAGUAUAAUCUAAAUCUAGAAAAGUAUUCUUGACAUUUACUGUUUCACAUAAGAUUACAUGAAGCAAACAUUAACUCUUGAUGCUCAAAGUCCGGAUAAACUCUGGGUGUGAUUGAGUCCACAGGCCCCAUUUACAAAAGACACCCAGGACGCAUCUCUGGGAGGAACCGAAACGCACCCACCCUCCUCCAUUAUUGUGACACUAGUAUGAAAUUCCUUCACAGAAUAAAUAAGGCAGACAGUGCUGCGCUUCGCCAGGGUGGCGCCUGCAACACAUGAAAAAUGGACCCCCGAUU